GAAAAGAGAGGUUAUGUUGAUGGUUUGCGAGGUUAUGUUUUUGUUCAUUUCUGAAAACCACAUUUUGGGUUUGUGCAUUUAGUGAAUUUCGUUAUAUGUAGUACAUUGAGAAUGAACGCUUAUAUAUCUAAUAUUGUCGACAAAUCAUUGAGAGAAACUGAAAAUUCAAUAACUGUAAACAAACAUUUACAGCUCGAAUAUGACCUAGGUACACUCUUAGCUACGGACAUCAACAGCUUGGAUUUGACACGUUUAAGAAAAGAUAAAAACGAUUACACCAAGCAAUUAUCUCGGGACAAUGUUCAAUUACUGUUUAACGAAAUUUGGAGAUUACCUACGGAUCGAGUAGAGGAGUCUAUUGUGGCCAAAUUGCCUUCGUCGAAUUUUGUUCUGCCCCGAUCGAGACCUUUACCGAAAUCGAAACCAUUAACAAAAUGGGAGCAGUUUGCGAAGGCAAAGGGCAUCAAAAAAACUAAAAAGACUAAACAAAACUGGGACGAUCAGCUAAACAAGUGGAUUCCCUCGUACGGUUACAAACGAGCGCAGGCGGACAAAGAAAAAGACUGGGUUCUGGAAGUUCCAGCCACAAGCGAUCCGAUGGAAGAUCAGUUCUUAAAGAAAAAAACCGGCAAGCGUGAAAAUGUCGCUAAGAAUGAACUUCAACGUUUGCGUAACAUCGCUAAAGCUAAAAAGAUCAAGAUCCCGCGACUCGGGUUGACAAACUCCGAGUUGUCUUCGGCUAAAGAGUUGCAAACCGCAGUGACGCUGACACGUUCUGCAACUGCCAGCUUGGGAAAAUUCCAAAACAAAUUACCUAAAGAGAAGGAAGGCCGCGGUUUACGAAGGUUAAUGCCCAAUUCUAGCGUUAAAAGUAAAUCUGGCGCAGUUUCAACUUGGGACGAAAAGCAAAAUAAUAUGAACAUCGUUAAUUCUGUGAUUAGUGGACGUCCGAAGCUUAACGUUGAGAAGGCAGUUGGUAGACAUUUAAAAUAUUCUGGGAACUCCGAUGAUAAAGAGGAGACGAGUAAAAAAUCUCAACGAAGCAGAAAACCCAUAAAUACAAAACGGAAGAGGUCCCUCCAGAAGAAUGCUCCCGGUAAAGGAAAGAAAAAAAAGGAAACGCACAAGCGCCGAUAAUUUUGUAACAUGAACUCAAAUUGUAAAUACAAAUUGUUCACUUUCGA